GUUUGCUGUUGUUAUUAUUUGUUGUUGUUGUUGUUGUUGUUCUAAUCGGAGUUUCGUCAUCGGGUCCGGUAGACGUAGUCGUUACUCGGUCUUCAAAGAGGGGGCCAAAGACGUUCUGCCUUCCCAUACAUUCAGUUAGUUGAGCGCGUGUACUGCCCGAGAGUGGAGUGCGCAUAUCAAGCGAUAUUGCCUUAAAGUUAACUCACUUAGCACUCACUUCCCCCCAUCUUCUCACCGCUACACCCCUUCCACACUCACCGUUUAAAGUGACAAGAUCAGUGCCAUCAACCAGCAGCAGCAGCAGCAAUUGUCGUCGUCAUCAUCUCAUACGCGGGAACUUGUAAACAUAAAUCAAAAACAAAUAUAAAAAAACUGCUGCUUAAGCUGAAAAACAAAAAUUGAUAAAAAAAUAAACGAAAAACGAAACAUGCAAUUUGUUAAAAAAUUUUGCAAGGGCUUUAACAAAGAAUUGCAGAAACAAAAUUUUGGAUUCGAAUACAAUCGUGUCCAUUUGUUCUACAGAUCGCAGUGGCAGAAAGAGGAAACUAAUGGAAUCUACUUACUAUAUCGAUGGAUCUGGGCUCUCUUUUUCCUGUCCAUAUACAUUAUGUGCAUCAUUGUGCAGUUCUGUGAUGGCAAAUUCUUCAUUUAUAUGACCAAUUGGGGUUUCGGAUUGUGUGCCAUUACUAUGCUGAUCUCUGCUAUACAGGUCACCUAUUGGCAUUAUGAUAUUAAAGAUACACGAAGUCUGGUCCAAGAAUCGGGAAAUAAAGCCAGCACAACGAGAGGCUUGAAAAUUUAUUGGUGGCUAUAUAAUAUGACGCUGUCGUUGGCAUUAAUUAUAUCCACAGUAUACUGGAUAUUUCUGUAUGGACACACUGAAAAACCCGUGCGCUUUCCUGCCAUUAGCAUUAUCACGCAUGGCUUGAACUCGACCAUGAUGAUAAUUGAUUUUCUGAUUGUAGCCUUUCCCUUGAGAUUGUUGCAUAUGAUUUAUGGGAUGCUAUUGGCAAUUUUCUUCUUCCUUUUCACGCUGGUUUAUCACCUUUGCGGUGGCACAGAUGAAUUUGGCAAUCCCUUUGUCUAUCCCAUUCUGGAUUGGCAUAAUCCCGAACGUUGUCUGGUGACAUUUGUUGGUAUUUUUCUGUUGAUAUUUUGCUAUUGGCUCCUGCUCUUUGGCCUGUACAAAUUGAAGAGGGUAUUCAAUCGAGCAUUCAGUGUGGUCUGGACACCCCAUGCAGUUGGCCUUAUAUAAGAGCGUACAUACAUGGAUCAGGAACAUAGACAUCGCCCAGUUUAGAAGUAGUUUAUACCAGCAUUUUCCAUACCAUCCGACACAUACACUCAUUAAUACCCAUCUAUACAACACAACACCCACAUAACGCACACAAAGGCAUUUAUUUAUCUGUAGUAACUAGUAAAUAUUAGGUUUUUUCUGGUUCCUUUAUGUUGUAGCUACAUAAAUUGAUUUAGUUCCAUAUUAGGUUUCUUUUUUUAAAUUAUAGAUGAGCAACAAACAAUUAAGCAAUUUACAAACAACAAAAGAGAAGAGCUUGUUACAUUAUGAGUAAAUUUAUAGUUUAAGAAUGAAUAUUGUUGAAAAUACUUGAUUACUAAAUGGAUAAUUACUUUUGUAGUAUUUGGUUGACAGAAUAACCAAUUUUAAAUGGAACAAAAGUAUUAUGAAAAAAGAUAUUUGAAAAAUAAAACGAAUUGUAAAUGAAA